AACGGUGCGUUCUAAAACCCACCUCUAGCUUCUGAACUAAAAAGCGAAAAGUGAAAACCACAGCUCAGAAAAGAGAGGGGGUUGAUGCUCGAUAUUGCUUCAAGCUGCUCAAACUCAACUGGACUAUCACAUACCAAUCUCAAUCCUCAACCCAGGCUCUUUCCUUCAAAAAUCAUGUGGGUUGUCCUUAGAAUCCACCAUUUCAGCUUCCAAGAAGCUCACGGUUUGACUCAGACCCAUGUCAAAAGUUUAAUUACUAGUCGUCCAGUCUUGCUUUUGGCUGAUUUAGACAAUACCCUGAAGCCCAACUUGGAGUUGUUUGAGUCAUUGGGGUUUUCUAGUACUAGCCUUGGCAAAAUGCUUACCAAAGACCCACGUGUGCUUGAAAGUGAUGCAUACACUGUGGUUGAGUUCUUUAGAGCUCAUGGUUUCAGUGAUCAGCAAAUAUCAGAUUUGACUAUGAAGCGUCCGACAUUGUAUUUGUUCAAUGCACAUAAGAUUUUUAAGCCAAAGCUUGAGUUUUUCAGAUCUUUGGGCUUGUCAGAACUUGAAAUUGCAAAGAUUUUGUCGACCGAGCCUUAUAUUCUAGAAAGGAGCCUCGAAAACCAAAUCAUUCCUUGUGUUCAAGAACUUAGGCGGAUUCUUGGCAAUGAUGAGAAUGUCGUAAAGGCUAUAAAGGCAUGCUACAGGGUACUUGAAUGUAAAGUGGAAAAAGUUCUACAGCCCAACAUAUCGAUGUUGGUAAGCCGUGGUGUACCCAUGUCCUUAAUUUUGAAAAUGUUCUUGAUCCAACCAAAAUCAAUGCUUAUGAAGACUUAUCGGUUUAGUGAGAUUGUUGAUGAAGUUAUGAAAUUGGGUUUCGAUCCCAAUAAUCUGCUAUUUGUUCUAGCCAUACGUUCCAUGGCGGUUAUGAGUAAAUCUUUGUGGAAGCAAAAGGUAGAAGCUUUUAAAAGUUUUGGAUUGUCGAAGGAUGAGAUUUAUGCAGCAUUCAAAAAGCAACCCAUGUGUAUGAUUGCUUCAGAGAAUAAAAUCAGGAAAUUGAUGAGUUUCUUUGUGAACAAACUGAAUAUGACACCUUCAAUGAUCUCCAAGAAUCCAAACCUUCUACUGCUUAGCUUGGAGAAGAGGAUUAUUCCAAGGUGUUCAGUUCUGCAUCUUUUGAUAUCAAAGGGGUUGGUUAAGGAAGAAACUAGCAUUGUUUAUGUGUUCAGAAUGACUGAGAAGAGGUUUGUGGACAAGUUAGUGAGCAAAUAUCAGAAUGAGGUUCCAGAUGUUGUUAGUGCACACCAAGGCAAGAUAGAAUUUCAAGGGUUCCCCUUUGAUUUAAAAAUUUGAGUUAUUACGAGUUCAACAAAUGGCAAUGAUGGAACAAAUCACUGCCUUUGGCCACAUCUUCAUUUAGUUUAGUCCAUCUUUCUUGCUCACAUUGGGUGAUGAAUUGAAACUCGUCAAAGUUGAGCUGAACCUUUUAUCUAUAACGACAAACCCCAUGCACUUGUUUUAUGGAGGUGGCUAUACGGGCUGGCAAUUUGAAAUUUGAGUUUAGAAGAAGUCAGUAACCCUUGGCCUGCUCUGAUUACAUUAGACUGGAGUAUGUCAUUGCACAAGACUCUUUAUGAUCCAGCUAGCUGGUGGUCCUCUCAAAUUCCCUUUUUUCAUCAACAGUAAGGGUAGAUUCUAAGGUUGAUGUUAUUUAAAAUGUGAUUCAAAUGUCAAGGUACUCUACGAUGUUUAGUGUUUCAGGUCUUGUGAUAUUGCUCAGAAACCAUACAUUUUUACAAUUAUUAUCAUUCUCCUGUUGUUUUCUCUAAAAAGGUUAGUUUC